AUGGUCGGUGCGGAGUGUGGUGACUGGCCCCUGGCCUUGCCUCGUCUGGCCUUGCCCCGGGUUUUUGUGGAGACUUUGGAUAAGUGUUUUGAAAAUGUGUGUGAGUUGGACUUGAUCUUCCAUAUGGACAAGCCCGUGCGGCCCCCGAAGGCCUUGCGCCCAGCCCGGCCUCUCCCCUCUCCCCGCAGCGGCCCCGGCGUCCUGCUGGAGGGGGAACUGGCCGACGUCUCCCGCCACAGCGUCUGCGACGCCCGGGGCCGGAAGGAACGGUACUACGUCUUGUACAUCCGGCCCGGCCGCAUUCACCGGCGGAAAUUUGAUGCCAAGGGAAAUGAGAUCGAGCCCAACUUUAGUGACACCAGGAAGGUGAACACCGGCUUCCUCCUGUCCUCCUACAGGGUGGAGGCCAAGGGGGACACAGACAGGCUCACGCCCGAGGCCCUGCAGGAGCUGGUGAACAAGCCGGAGCUGCUGGCGCUGACUGCCGGCCUCGCCCCCGAGCGCACGGUGGCCUUCUGGGUGCCCGAGGCAGAUAUGGAAGCGAUGGAGCUGGAGCUGGGGACCGGGGUGCGGCUGAAGACUCGGGGCGACGGCCCCUUCCUAGAGUCGCUGGCCAAGCUGGAGGCUGGGACCGUGACCAAGUGUAAUUUUGCUGGUGAUGCAAAGACAGGCGCGUCCUGGACAGACAACAUCAUGGCCCAGAAGUCUUCCGAGGGGCCCCCCGAGACCCGCGAACAGGGAGACGGGGUAGAGGAUGAGGAGUGGCCAGAAGACAUUCAACAGCAGAUUGUCCGGGAGACUUUCCAUCUGGUCCUCAAGCGUGACGACAACAUCUGUAACUUCUUGGAAGGCGGAAGCUUGAUUGGCGGCUCUGACUACAAGCUGAUUUACCGGCACUACGCCACCCUCUACUUCGUGUUCUGUGUGGACUCGUCAGAGAGUGAACUUGGGAUCUUGGACCUCAUCCAGUUGUUUUUAAAAUGAAGUUUAAAAAAAUGUUUUGGCUGGGUGCCGCUCCCGCCCGCCCUGUCUGCUUUCCCCCAGGUGCACUACAUCCUCCAGGAGGUGGUGAUGGGUGGGAUGGUGCUGGAGACCAACAUGAAUGAGAUCGUGGCUCAGAUAGACGCUCAGAGCAGGCUGGAGAAGUCAGAGGGCGGUCUGUCCGCAGCCCCUGCCCGCGCCGUGUCCGCCGUGAAGAACAUCAACCUGCCCGAGAUCCCGCGCAACAUAAACCUUGGCGACCUCAACAUCAAAGUCCCCAACCUGUCCCAGUUCGUGUGAGCCGCACAGUUCCUCAGCCGCAGAGCCUCCACCUGGAGCCAGAUGCGGCACCUCUGGAGAACGGGGAGCACCCCCCCCGCCCUGCCUCCCCGCACCCCACGGCCCCUGUGGUCAUCCCCAGCUGCUGCAGGACAGGGACUGUGUGGGGGCAGAGCCUCCAGUGCAAGCAAGUGUCUGACUAGAACCUUCCUCAGCUCCUGGGCUUCCGUGGCCUGUAGACACAGUGGGGCGGGGCAGUGCCGCGUCUGCUGUGGGAGAGGCAGCCUCCCGAGUGGGCCUGGACGAGCUGGCGCAGGUGAGCGGACCGGGCCCCUCUCUCGAGUCUCCCCACGCCCACGUCCCUUCGCCCUGAGAUGGUAAAAUGGGAAUAAAGGCAGGAAACGCA